AUGCUUCCCCCUGGACUCGAUACACCUCGACAGGUCAAAGCAUUCUACGAUGCUCGAUACGCGUCUUUGAUUGAAUCCGGCGAAUAUCAGCCAUUUCUCUACCCUUGGGCUACAGUGGGAGCAGGGCUUGUACUCUUGUACCUCCUUUUGGACCAUCGAAGAUCGCCUACAUUACAAGCCGUCCGACUGCCACUGUUUGGCUUCUUAUGUGCGUUUUCAACAUGGUGCGUAUUGACCAACAAAGCGCGGAGUCCGCCUGCCGCAUAUGGUGUGGGGCUUCUCUCUUCGUUCGGAACACUGUGGUGCGGAGCAAUCAUGUGUUUCAACGAUUGUCAAACGACGUUCCAACGGAUUGAACGCGCGGAGGACAAAACGCACGACGGUUCAUCAAAGCGUAUUUCGAGCACAUCUGUGUCCAAACUUGGYCCAACCGGUGAGGUUUCCAGCAGUCAGCAAUCUGGGAACAUGUCACUUUCAACACAAGGACCAUCUCAACGUACCGGCUCAUUGAUGUGGCAAUCAUACCCCGCUGGACCGUUUGUAGAGCGUCUCGAUUGGGUGUUGGACAUUUUCUGCUCAUUCCGAGGCAUUGGAUGGGACUUUCAUACUGCUGGGGUUCCUCCACCUCCGGACUUUGUACAGGCAGAACUGAAUGGAACAGAAUGUAAGCCCGAGGUGUCGCUCUUCAUGGUCGACAGCAGAACGGGCACUCGACGUUUCAUCGAUCGAGCCGCGUUGCUGAGGCAUGUCUGCAUAAGACUAGUCGUUGGAUACUUCGCGCUGGACAUCGUCAAGACAAUCAUGCAUAAUGAUGCCUACUUUUGGGGAUACAUGGAUGCUCCGUCGCCGGAGUUCUUCCCGCACUACAUUCGUAGCUCGUAUGCUCUCGUCAAAUCUUACAGKCUACUGGUCUCGUUAGCAGGCAUACAGAUCGCACUCUCGGAGAUCUUCUGGAUGGGACCUCUCUUCUUCUGUGGAUUGUUGGGCACAAGCAGAAUAGGUGUGCGAGGGGAACCAUGGAUGAACCCACCAGACUUCUUCGGAAAUCUAAACCCAGUAUUCAACCAGGGCUUAGCAGGAUGGUGGGGAGGUUUCUGGCAUCAGACAUUUCGAUUCGCAUUCGAGGCACCUACAAAGUCUCUCUUGGAGUUUUUGAAUAUCGACAAAAAGACAACAGCAGGCCGAACGGUUGCACUAUUCACGGCAUUCUUCCUUAGCGGAUGUCUUCAUGCCUGCGGAAGUUAUACACAACUUGGCGACACAAGACCCCUUCGAGGCCCGAUGACGUUCUUCYUCAUCCAGGCUGUUGGGAUUUUCGGCCAGACGCUCUUGGUCGACCAGCUCAAAGCAGCAGGUCUUGUACAGUCAACGCCUAAGCUGUUGCGACAACUAGCGAACUUUGCUUUUACAAUUGUAUGGCUAUACUUCUCUGCUCCACUUCUGGCAGAUGACUUUGCAAAGGGCGGCGUUUGGUUAUACGAGCCCUUGGCUUUCAGCCCAUUGCGGUGGCUAGGAUACGGCGCAAAGGACGACAAUGGAUGGGAUCUCUGGUAUGGUCUCGUAUGGUGGCGGAAUGGUGAUCAUUGGUGGAAUACAGGUCUGGCAUUUUGA